CCUAUAAAAACUAGUAUAAUAACAAGAGAGAGAACAUUUAUAUGACCUGCAUAUAAUUUUAUCUCCAAUCAAAACCCACAAGUAGACACCUUCAAAUUUUUGGUGUCUUCCUUUCUCUUUCUAACUCUCAGUCAGUCACUCACCUUUGGAUUCAUUCUCAUCCACCUUUUUCUAAAACCCCCCAUUCACAUUCACCAUUAACUCUAUAUCUUCUUUCUUGCCUUAGCCUCAAAGGUAAGCAAAGAAAAUGGUGCCUUCCCGCAUGUCCACAUUCGAUUCUUCAGAAUCAGUCUCUUUUCUCAACUGGGUUUUGGUUUUUAUUUCAUUCCAUGAUUUAUUUCACUUUCUUCAAAAAUUUUAGAUUGGUGCUGUAGUGCAAAGUCUCACUUUUUGAAGCUUCAUUUCUUCAAAAUUUCAUGUCUCUCUCAAAUUCAAAACUUUAAUUUGGGUAUUGCUUUUAACUAUUAAUUUUUUCUUUGGUUCUUCCAGUGUUAAUUUGGUUUAGCAAUAAUAUGUGACUGACAGGGUUUAGAGUUUAUUUGUGAGCAGUAAGAUCGAUUGCCUUUUGUGUUAUUCUUUUUCAAGAUUCUCUUGAAUCUGAAAUCUUUCGUAGAUUUCUUCAAGUUGUGCUAUUAAGAAAAUGGUAUUCUGAUUCCAGUGAAUGGUUCUGAAUUUAAUGCCUUUUCGGUCAUUGUAAAUCCUCACUGUUUUUCUGCGCACUCUAUAUUUCUUCAGUGUCAUCAGUUUGAGUGACUGAACAAUUCUAUGGAUAUGAACUUCCAAUUCAUAGAAAAUUGAGGAUUUUAGUCUUGAGAGAACGAGUGUUUGAAGUGUUCGAAACUCGUGGAAAUGGAAGGCCUGUAUCCAUCAUCUUCAUAUAUUUUGAGUUCAAAUUGGUUGUUGCAAGAGAGCAGGAGCACAAUAUGGACUAGGGAAGAGAACAAGAGGUUUGAGAAGGCUCUUGCAAUAUUUGAUGAGCACAGUCCGGAUCGUUGGCUAAAAGUGGCAGAGAUGAUACCUGGAAAGUCGGUUUUAGAUGUGAUGAAACAGUACGAAGAUUUGGCAGCAGAUGUUGAUAAUAUAGAAGCUGGGUUGAUUCCAAUUCCGGGCUACUUGACCUCCUCUUUCACAUUGGAGUUUGUGGAUAAUUGCGACUUUGAUAUGUUCAGAAAGAGAUCUUCUACAGGUGGAUCAUCUGAUCAGGAGAGGAGAAAAGGGGUACCUUGGACAGAAGAAGAGCACAGGCGGUUUCUGAUGGGCCUGCAAAAGCAUGGUAAAGGGGACUGGAGAAAUAUCUCCCGUAAUUUCGUCGUCUCCAAGACACCAACUCAAGUGGCUAGCCAUGCUCAAAAAUACUUCAUAAGGCAGAACUCGGAAGGAAAGGAAAAGAGGCGGCCCAGCAUCCAUGACAUCACAGUUGUCCAUCUCACCGGCACUACUUCACCGGACAAUCAAGAAUCUCCGUCAUCAAAUAAGUUUGCUCUGAUUCCACCACCUUUGGUCUCCCAAAGGAAACCAAAAAUAUUUCCCAACUGGAAUCACUCCAAUGAUGGAUCAGUGAUGGUUUUCGACUCAACUCAAGGUAACAUGUUCAUGCAGUAUCGUCAUGAGGUUGCUUCACAUGGUCUUAACCUGCAAGGGGGUGCAUAUCAUGGAGCUCGUACCGGACCUCAUAAUUCAGUGUUUCAGAUUCAAUCCACGAGGUACCAAAUUCUUGAAUGAGUCGAUCAGCAGUCUUCGUAGUUGUCAAAAUAAGUCGAAAUGCCCACUCCGACUCUGUUGAGUAGAAUUGCAAUGUCGGUGCUUAUGCCAUGAUGUUAUGUGAUUACAUUACUAAUGAUUUGAGCUAAUCACGUCGUGAAUCAAACUCUCAGAGUGAUAUAUUUCAUAUCAUGCUUCGACUUUUAGUUGCAGAAA